AUGUCUGACAAGGAUAAUAAUCAAGGAGAAAAAGGUGAUGAUACCGAAAAUGGGGGCAAUUCAGGCACUGAAGGAGCCAUUGAACCUAAUCACAGCAAGGAUCGCAAAAAGAGGAAGGAAGCUAGGAAGGCUAAAAAAAAUAUCGACGACCCUGACAUGAAUUAUGAACGAUCAUCUGAGGAAGAGAAAGAAAAAAUCUCGGACAGUCAAGGUUCUGCCCCCAUAAAAGGCCAAGAUCCAGAACUGAUUGAAGUAACCGAUGUUAAAUUACUAAGGGAGCUCAAGGAGCAACGUAACUUGUAUCCUGAAUUCGUAAAAAGUCGCCAACCGGACCAGACAAUAGAUGAAAUCAAAGGUCACAAGACAACAGGAACCAGCAAAUUCCACAAAGAUGAUGCUGAAAUUGAUAUGGUUAAGGACAAGGCGCAAGUCCGGCAUAAGGGCAUUAUCACAAAAUUUCAUGGAAUAGGUCUUAGAACUGCUAAAAUCCCAAUUCCAGAUCCUAACCAAAGCAAAAAAACAAUAAAGGAAAACACUGAUGCUCCGAAGACAGAAAUAGUAGCGAGUGGAAGCAAGCCAUUGAAGUUUCCAAUAGAGGAGUCCAUCCCAGAGAUCCCCGGAGAUCCGCAGACCGUUCCCAGAAUUCGACUUGUGAAAAUCGGCAGAAGAAAUAAGAAAACAAGAUGUAUAGGAGUAAACACGCUAAUUAGCAGAAGACCCGAAAAAGUGGUCCCUCGUAUUUCAUUGCCCGAAGACCCCGGCAUAUAUCGUGAUGAAGGAACUCGGAGGGAUGUAGGACAAAACACUAAGAAAUUGAGAAAGUCGCGAAAGCGUUCAGCUCUGAAGCCCUCCGUUGAAUCCGAUGACCAUCCCAUAGACAUAGGACCCACCCUUAACGAAGCCAGAGAGAUAGGAGUUAACACAAAAGUCCUUCCAAAGGUGAAGGUGCCACCUAUUUCCGAGCCAUACAAGCAUUUCAACGACAGGUAUAGAGAUAUAGGCAGCCACGUAGACCACCCUUACAAGAUCAUUGACGAUGGUACGAAUGUUAGCUUUAUGGAAACAAUUAAAAGUAAAAGGAGCAACGUGGACGAGCUCAUUGUGAAGUCGCCGCCGGAGAUAGACCUAUAUAAGAUCCAUGAGAGAGGGGACGGUCGCACUUACUACCCAGGCUGUGAAUAUCAUUUUCCGGGCACGAACACAUGCCGUCGCCUCUUCUACAAGUUUCGUAGAAGGUAUGAACCUCCUCCGAUUUGUGACUGGCUCUUAACCCUUAUCUUUGCCGUGUUAUAUAUUACAUUUGUUGUAAUUUUUUCCAUGGCUUGGUUCGAUAUCAUUGCCAAUGACGAGCCCCAGGGCAGGUCAAUUGGCAAAAUGGCUCAGCCGUUUGUGAACGUUGCUCCGGUUGGACGACACCCUAAUCUCAGAACAAUCUCUUUCGAUCCUCGCAAUGACUCGGAUGUCUCCGUAAAGUACUCUGACAUAAUGAGGCUUUUACAGAAAUACGACUACGAAAAUGCUGGGAAAAUGGAGCGCUUCGGAUCCUGUACUCCCAGCAACAAGUUUGGCUAUGCCAGCGGUCAGCCGUGUGUCUUUCUCAAAGUGAAUCGUGUUCUUGGCUUUAAGACGGAGCCGUAUACCCACGCUGAUGAGGUAUUCAAAAGAACCAACCUCAGCAACGACGAAUAUUUGGCUUUGAAGAGCCUAUUGCAGGACAACAGCACAUCGGAGGUGGAUCGGCAGAAUCGUACAUGGAUCACCUGCAGUACGGGUCAGCACAAGGAUGUCCAGAUUGCGUUUCAUCCAGAGCCAGCAAUCAAAACUGAAUACACCGAUAUUGAGGAAGAAUCGAUCGUGUCUGAGGUAGGUACAGGUAAAAGGAAGACAUUGUUUGGCCCAGAGGACCUGAAUCGCAUAGUGGCUUUGGAGAUCAAAAAUCUAAAGGAAAAUGAGCAAGUCCACGUAAGCUGCAAGCUGUGGGCUCAUAAUAUCCAUCACGAGAAAGAGGAUUACGGUCAAGUUGCAUUCUAUUUGGUCUUACUAGCUGAUCAAAAGGGGGAAAUAUCUGAGAAUGUCCUUAAACAUCAUGAUGAUUCAUUGUAG